UUAUAUUUAUCAUUAUCACAGUGGUAAAUAUUCAUAUUUUUCAGUUUUUGAUUCUACAUACUGUAUAGACUUUUAAAGAUAAAGAGAAAAUACAUUACAAUUAAAUGACUCUUUUUCAUUUUGGAAACUGUGUUGCCCUCAGCAUUGGACCUCACUUACUUUUGUAUAGGAGCUCAGGGUUAUCAGAUUACCAUACCUUAUGGCACUUAGGAAAGUCUGUUUUAGCAUAUAUUAUUACGCAAAUGUGCAAGAUGCUUAUCCUUGCAACUUUUUUUCCUCUAAAUGAUAAUAACUCUCUGCAAGGCGAUUUUCUAGGCGAAUUCAUGAAGUCUACAAUAGACCUUAGUGACUUACUUGGGUUACAUUUGUUAAUGAAUCGAAUCUCUGGAUCAGGCGAAUUAAAAGUUCUAGUAUCAGGGUUAGGAUGGGCAAGCUCUGAGUUUUGUAUGACAAAAUUGUUACCUUUGUGGUUUGGUGCUCGUGCAAUAGAGUUUGACUGGGUGCAUACUCGAAGUAGUUUUGAUACAAACAUUACUUUGGUAUUGUACUUAACUAUUGCUGCUCUGAUAUGGCUCAGAACACGAAAAGAUCUUCAAAAAAUAUAUAUUCCAGUUGUAUUCAUAAUGUUGAUACUUUGUUGUUAUCGAUCUUAUGUUUUAGAGAUUGCUUCUCAUAUAUUUGGUUUAAGUUCUUGGAGUUUAUUAUUGUUCAAAGCAGCAUACACGUGUGGAUUAGCAGUCAUAGCGUUACAAAUGUGUGUCAGUCUAUCAAAAAAUACAAAAACAUACUGAAACUUUUUACUUAAUGAUAGUUUUAAAAAGAAUUUUUGAUUUAAAUGAUUUUAAGACCAAAAUUAUAUUACUAAAUUCAA